AUGUCCUGCUACGAUCUGUGCCGUCCCUGUGGCCCGACCCCGCUGGCCAACAGCUGCAACGAGCCCUGUGUGCGCCAGUGCCAGGACUCCCGGGUGGUGAUCCAGCCCUCUCCCGUCGUGGUCACCCUGCCCGGACCCAUCCUCAGCUCCUUCCCCCAGAACACCGCUGUGGGAUCUUCAGCAUCUGCUGCUGUUGGCAGCAUCCUGAGUGAGGAGGGCGUGCCCAUCUCCUCCGGUGGCUUUGGCCUCUCUGGCCUGGGCAGCCGCUUCUCUAGCAGGAGAUGCCUGCCCUAUUAA